AAGGGGUCUGUGUGGCGUGCCAGCUGUGAAGAACAGAGCUGCAGUAGAGGCGGUGAAUGAUGCUGAGCUGCUGACGGGCAAACUGAAACAUGACUGAUACAGAUGAAUCCCAGGCUUCUGCCUCUGAUUACCCUGAUGCCCAAGAGCUAAUAUGCAGUUUGCAGAAGGAACCAUAUAAGGUACAUGCAUGUGAAAAAAAUACGCGAAUGGAGUGUUCACGUUCAAGGCAGAAGAAUGCUGUUCCUGAGGAGUCUUCAGAUGAGCUUAACAGUAUAUGUAAAUCAUCAGCUGCUUCAGCUGAGAUUUUACUGGACAGCAGUGAUUCAGAAAUUGAUCUCUCUGCUGCUAGUGGCAGUGAGUACCAUCCUAAGUGCUCCGUUGCACUUUCAAAGCAAAAAAGGACAUCUCAAUCUUCAAGGCAACAAGCUGAAUCUGUUGCAGGAGUGCCUGACAACGAAAGCUCUUCAGAUUCUUCUCUGUCCCCUGCAAGUGCAGUGAAAUCAUCGGAAACUUCCAAGAAGAAGUCAAAACUAAACUUGAAGGCCAUAUUUGCCUAUCACUUCAGGGGAAAGAAGUUUAAGGCUGCUGCACACCGAAAAUACAAGGGUGGCUCAGGGAAGAAGAAGAAGAAAAAGUAUGAGAGCACAGGGAUGCCUACGGGGAGGCCGCCACUGACAGCCUCACCACAAGAGCAAAAGAGAAGGCUUCUAGACAGAGGUUUUCAAUUCCCUUUUGUUGAAAAACAUUAUGGGAUGAAACAUAUUCCCUUAAAGAUGGUUCUUGGCUAUGAGCAAGCAGCUACAAAGGGAUAUUUCCAGUACAUUGAAGUGCUUAAAUAUGAGGAACAUCUUAAAAAAGCUUUAAAAGCCCUUCAGGCUAGUGAAGACUUAGAAAGAGAAUGUCUGGCGGUACGAAAACACAAAUACUUAGAUGAUGAGGGCCCCAUUUCCCCUAUUCAGGAGAUGAAUGAUGAUGAUGGUGAUGACAGCUUGAAUUCUGAUAAUCAAGAAGUCCUUGAUGCCAGAGUAGUGGAGAACAGCUCUUUCAUUAUAAGCAGCAAAAUUCCCAGUAAGAAAAAAACAAAGCCAGAAACAAAACGUGCAAAGUCAACUGAAGUGAUCGAAGUAGACGAGGAAGAAGAGUAGGCUGCUGAGAACUCUGGGCUUCUGCAAGGUUCACCUCAGUGAACAGAAAACUGAGAAAUGAGGUGGCAGUUGUCACUCUUCAGAUACCUUUUUCAUGGCCUACUUGGUUUAAAACAUUGUCCUGAAGUCAAUGUUGAGCUAUCAACCAAGUAACCUAGUCAGAUUUUGUUUAAGGCAUCUACCUGAGAAAUACUCUCUGGCUUGAAAGACUCAUCCUGGAUCUAGGAGUGGGGUUCUUGCUUGUUUGUUGCUUUUGGAAGAUGAAAUGCCACUCAGUUUUCUUGAUGUGCAAGAUGCUGCAGCUGAACACGCCAGCUCUGCAGCAGUGAGCAGUUGUAACUUUGACUGCUUGAAUUCUUAUGGCUGUUUGCUGGCCUUCUGAUGUACAAGUAUUACUUUGGUGGACUUCCAUGGAACAUGUUAGCAAAAGAUGGGCAUUCCUGUGAUGUCUGGCACACAG